GCCGCCGCUGUAGCGGCGGGAGGGGGGCUCCAUGGUGACGGCGCAGGUUUUGAAAAAACCCUGGCCUUCCUGGUUUCGUCAUCAUUUCCCCUAGUAUUAAUCUGCUGUCAUGUCGAAGUUAAAGUGCUCGGAGUCGGUCAGAGUGGUGGUACGAUGCCGGCCAAUGAACAGCAAAGAGAAAGCAGCUUCCUACGAACAAGUGGUCCAGGUAGACGUCAAGCUAGGGCAGGUAUCAGUGAAGAACCCCAAGGGAACCUCUCAUGAGCUGCCAAAGACCUUCACCUUUGAUGCUGUUUACGACUGGAAUUCCAAACAGUUUGAACUCUAUGAUGAGACGUUCCGACCCCUGGUGGACUCAGUGCUGCAGGGGUUCAAUGGGACCAUCUUUGCCUAUGGGCAAACUGGGACGGGGAAAACCUACACGAUGGAAGGGGUGCGUGGUGACCCUGAGAAAAGAGGGGUCAUUCCCAAUUCCUUUGACCACAUCUUCACACACAUCUCCCGGUCUCAGAACCAGCAGUACCUGGUGAGGGCUUCUUAUUUGGAGAUCUACCAGGAAGAAAUUAGGGACUUGUUAUCAAAGGAUCAGUCCAAGAGGCUGGAGCUGAAGGAGAGGCCAGACACAGGAGUGUACGUAAAAGAUUUGUCCUCUUUCGUCACAAAGAGCGUCAAGGAAAUAGAACAUGUGAUGAAUGUGGGGAACCAGAAUCGUUCGGUGGGGGCUACCAAUAUGAACGAGCACAGCUCCCGUUCCCAUGCCAUCUUUGUGAUCACGAUAGAAUGCAGCGAGGUGGGUCUCGAUGGGGAGAACCACAUACGGGUUGGGAAACUUAACCUUGUGGACCUUGCUGGCAGUGAGCGCCAGUCUAAGACCGGAGCCCAGGGGGAGAGGUUGAAAGAAGCGACCAAGAUCAACUUGUCCCUCUCCGCUCUGGGCAAUGUCAUAUCCGCCCUAGUGGAUGGCAAAAGCACUCACAUUCCCUAUCGGGACUCGAAGCUAACCAGGCUGCUUCAGGACUCCUUAGGUGGCAAUGCGAAGACUGUGAUGGUGGCCAACAUUGGCCCGGCCUCCUAUAACAUUGAGGAGACCCUCACCACUCUCCGGUAUGCCAACCGUGCCAAGAACAUCAAGAACAAACCAAGAGUGAACGAAGAUCCCAAGGAUGCACUGCUGCGGGAAUUCCAGGAGGAAAUUGCUCGGCUCAAGGCACAGCUGGAAAAGCGAUCCGUUGUGAAGAGGAAGAAGAAAGAGCGGAGGAGGGAUGGAAGUGUUGUUGGGGAGGAGGAAGAAGACGAAGAGGAAGAUGGUGAGGAAGGUGAGGAGGUAGUGGGUGACAAAGAUGACUAUUGGAAGCAGCAGCAAGAGAAGCUGGAGAUAGAGAAGAAGGCCAUUCUAGAGGAUCACAGCUUGGUAGCCGAAGAUAAGAUGAGAUUGCUGAAGGAGAAGGAGAAGAAGAUGGAAGAUCUGAAACGCGAGAAAGAAGCUGCUGAAAAACUGGGUGCCAAAAUCAAGGCAAUGGAAAGCAAACUCCUUGUUGGAGGGAAAAAUAUUGUUGAUCACACAAAUGAGCAGCAGAAAAUCUUGGAACAGAAGCGGCAGGAGAUUGCUGAGCAGAAAAGACGGGAGCGAGAAAUCCAACAGCAGAUGGAAAGUCGAGAUGAGGAGACCUUGGAGCUGAAGGAGACAUACAGCUCCCUGCAGCAGGAAGUGGACAUAAAAACUAAGAAGCUGAAAAAGCUCUUUUCCAAGCUGCAAGCUGUGAAGGCUGAAAUCCACGACCUUCAAGAAGAGCACAUCAAAGAAAGACAAGAAUUGGAGCAAACCCAAAAUGAGCUCACGCGGGAGCUGAAGCUUAAGCACCUGAUUAUUGAAAACUUUAUUCCCUUGGAAGAGAAAAACAAGAUCAUGAACCGAUCAUUCUUUGAUGAGGAGGAAGACCAGUGGAAGCUGCACCCCAUCACGCGGUUGGAGAAUCAACAAAUGAUGAAAAGGCCAGUAUCAGCCGUGGGAUACAAAAGACCUUUGAGCCAGCACGCUCGGGUGUCCAUGAUGGUUCGCCCAGAAGCCCGGUACAGGGCAGAAAACAUUGUGCUGUUAGAACUGGAUAUGCCUAGCCGGACGACACGGGACUACGAGGGCCCAGCCAUUGCCCCCAAAGUCCAGGCAGCUCUAGAAGCAGCUUUGCAAGAUGAAGAUGAGAUUCAAGUAGAUGCCUCCACUUUUGAGAGUACGUCAAACAAGAAGUCAAAACCUAGGCCUAAAACUGGAAGGAAACCUGGAGGCCCUUCCUCCAGCACCUCUGGGUCUCAGCUCUAUCCCCAGUCUCGUGGGCUAGUCCCCAAGUAAACCCAGCAGUUCCUUGUCAGGGCAUGGCCAGCAUUUUGCCUUUCAAGAGCCGAGGCAAGCAAGAACCUGUAGAGGGGGUGGAUUUGAUGACCAAACACCGCAACUCUUCCUCGUCACCUCUGCAGCUAAACUGAUCUGUCUAGCAGGGCGCAUUACGGCCGGACGUCUACCCCACACGGCGGGAAUUAACUUUCCCUCUGGCAGUUGUUCUCCAAGGGAAAAGAGACUUUAGUUAGGAAAUCAGAAAUGCAUGAGGUACGUUAGUGUGUGUUAGAAGCAACCGGAAGCAUGGGGGCCACCUUGCCACGCUGCCCUCUCCUCACCUCUUACAGCCUUUUUGCUGUACGUGGCUCUGCUGCCUUUGGGGCGAUGGGCUGGAGCCCAAAGUCAUCUCAGCGGAACCGACGCUGCGGGCCUUCGUGACGCUCAAAAACAAAUGAGGUUGAGAAGCGACAAGAGGAUUUAUCCAGCCAUGGCAGAUGUUAUUUCUUUUCUUUCCGUUGAAAGAUUGGCACCUUUGAUUUUUCUUUUGGGGGAGGGGGUGCCUAUAGACCCCGGGGAAGAGGUGAGAUUGAUUCGCAUCCCACAACUAGCUAGACGUGUUUCAUUUUAGAAAUGCCAGACCGAAGGAGGGCUUUGGAAACCUGCUCUUCCUCACCUGGAAUAGAAGCAAUAGAAACGUCAUAAAUCCUGUAUACCACUUCCCCACUCCACACUCCGCGUUCUUUCUCUGCUCACCAUCCAGUCACCUCUGCUCCAUCAGACAACUCUCCUUUGGGGCUUAUUGUGGCCGUUACUUCUUUGUCUUCCGUUGUCCACAAGGCCUACUGUGACUCCUUGAGCCCCGUUCUAUAUUCCCUUGUGGAAGCGAAACCGUUACGAAACUCGUAACGACUAUUGAAUGGUCCUUUGGGAACAGGGACUGGUUUGAGACCAGAGUGGCCUCUUGUUCUCAUCCUGUCUUAAGUGUAAGAUCUUUUAGUGUUUGAGCCCAGAGUCUUCCCAGUUGAACGGGGAAGAGGUUUAAAGUUUGAGCAGGGUUUGAGGGGGGGGGAAGAACGAUGCUGGUUGGAGUCAUGAGACUUGAACCAGAACUCCUGCUUUAGAGAGACUCUUAAUCUGUUUUCCUCCUUCAAGCUGCCCUGUGUUUAAAGCAGGCUAGUCAGCAAUGUGUAGGAAAUGAGAUGCUGCUAAAUUAGGCCGGGUCAAAAGGCUAAAGAAGGUGCCCCAAGUAUCAUUUUGCAGUUCAGUUUGUAAGUUUUAAAUGGUUGUAUAUUGAGAAUUCAGUUAAUUUGGGGGGUGGGGUGAUGUUGUACUGUGAAUACUUUUUCACCGACUUCCUCUCUGAAUGUUUUAGUGGUCCUUCUCUUCCUAGACCUUGGUGUGCGUGUGUAUGUAGGUGUGUAUGAGAACUUGCUUGGUUCUUAGAAAUACUCCUAAUGUGUAUGGCCUUCGCCUUGUGUCCUUGUUGAGUGUUCUCUGAGUAACCCUCUCCAGGGUGCAUGAACUCCACGGUUCCUGACCCCUUGCGUAAGGACACCCCAAGAGGCAUCUUGCUGGCAUGCUGCCUCAGUAAAGUCCAGAGCUAUUCAUAGAGUGGACUUCUAGAAUGGGACAGGUUUGCUGCUUUUAUAAAAACAACUAGUUCUGCCGAGUGGCGGAGGAUGGCUCUGGAUGGCGGAGGACUCAUUUGCCAGUGCUGUGACAUUGGCCAGAGUGACCUGGCUUUGCCUUUCUCUCUGGGUGAGCUGGGCUGUUCGCAACAAAGAGUGUUUUUUCUUUGGCUCUUGAGGUAAAAAGGAGCCUGCUGUUCCUAUAUAUAUAUAUAUAUUAGCAGUUGCUUUUUAGUGUGAACAGGUAAGGCAGACCAAUAUAGGCUAAUUUGAAUAAAAUCACUUUUAACCAUUCUGGGCAGAUAGAAGAGGGAUGUCAGCAAAUAGCCUCUUCAUUGCUUUAUUUAUAAUUUGGGACACUGUGAAGCAUCAGAGUAAACUGCUUUUCUGUACCUCUAAAGAUUCACAACUCCUCAUUGUGCUGCGUUUCUAGGGUAUUUCCUGAUAAAGGAGUUUCCUCUAUAAUGGUCACAUGUGCAGAAUUACCCUGAUAAGCUGACGUGUCCGACUUGCCUAGUCAAUUUGAGGACUAGGACAGAAGAAUGAUCCAUUAACACUUAGGAAAUGAUGCGCACAGCUGGUCUGCCCAAAGGAGCUUGCUUGCAAUUUCUUUGCCCCGAUCUGUAUAAUUGGAUCUUAACUUUCUUCCCCACGCUCAAUUCAGUAAAAGGAGCUCUUGUGCUUCUGGGUCAAACGUCACAUGAUGUGGAACACAUGACAAGUAAAGCACCUUCAAGAGCUUAACAUGAAACUCUUGAAUGCUGCGUACAUUUUCAUAGUGCACACCCCUCCAUGCCAGCCUAUAGACAGAAGAGCACAUUAUACAGAAAAGUCUCAACUGUAACUAUCUCUCAUUGCCAAAUUUAGACUGGUCGCUAAUACUCAAUUAUUAUCUUUAAAGUCUUUGCAGAUUUUGUGCCCUGUUUAUAGUAUUUGACUAUUUAGCUUAGGCUUAAAAAGAACCCACAGAUCUCAAAGUGCUGUUCUCCCACGGAUAAUCUUGCAGGUAAACUAGAAGAAAAGCUAUUGCAAGGGCCACAAUCCUGUGCUUGCAUGAUACUGGUCAAUGGUGGGUGCUCAACAGCUUUCAGCUAUAGGUCGGUGGCUCAGCUCUGGAAGGUUGGAGUGCUUGCUGAUUUGAGUCUGACUUGGUUUCACACUGUGGGUCCAAUUCACAAGGGUACGGACCCUUUGCAAGCCCUGUUGAGACCUGGCUUGCGCAGAAGCCAUUCCCAGUGGAUUGGACAUGCUGGCCACAACUCUUCUGUGAGAUUUCUCAGCUCCUUAGGAAUACCUCGACCGCCUACUCUUUUCUUGAUCUGUACAUAAAGAGCGAAGAUGUCGAUAGUCCUUUUCUGGCCAUAGAUUUUACAGCUUGUAUCUGUAAGCAUCUCUCUUGUCUAGGAAUGUAAAAGUGCUCCUAAAGAAGUGUAAUAAAAAUCGGAUUUAUUGUAUGUAAAAUAUUAAUAAUAAUUAACAAUAAAGCCUCUUCC